CCGUGCUCUGCCUGGUCUGCGCGAUGGUCGCCGUCUGGAAGACGAACCUGCGCAAGGUGAUUGCGCCCAAGCUGCGCCGGAAGAAGCCGAACGACGAGCCGCUCAAGACGUUUGUGACGCAGGAGGCGGUGCCCAACGAGGAGGAGGACCCUGAGCUGGUGAUCAACCCGAUCAUGCUGGCGCGGCACCACAUGGAGGAGGACCACAAAAGGGCCAAAGACAAGAAAGCAGCGAAACGCAAGGGAGGGCAAGGCAGGACGGGCGGCCUGAAGCGGCUCUGGGGAAAUGAGAGCGUAAGCGGAACAGCCGCAGCGAGCACGAGCCAGCCAAUGAACGGCAAGGCAAUCGUGGAUGGCUGGCUGGCAGCAGAGCGUGCACGAGAGACGGCGGUCAACGGGGUGGUCCAGCCCGAGAAGCCGGCCGGCAAGGACAAGGGCAAGGGCAAGGGCAAGGCGGGGAGCUCCAAGACCAAGCCCUGAUGCAUCGCAUCGAGUUGAAUAGAGAGGAUGAGCACCACACGCGCGCUCUCUCAUCGGAUACCUUUACUAUGAUGGCAUGCUUCGUUUGUUGUGGCCGAGUACAGUGUGUACAUGGUGGCAUGCUUCUUUCGUUGUGGCGAGCAGUGUACGUAGCUCACCCAGUGUACGUAGCUCACACAGUGCAGUCUUCUGUUGAGGCGGCCGGGCGGUAGCCCAUUCGUUACGCUCGGGUGUUGAGUAGUUCAGUCUAAUAAAUGGAACCAACUCUC